AUGGUAGAACUCAAAAAGGUAGCCAAACAAAAGUCUUCUUCCUUGGGUGGAGGACCUUCAGAAAAGUCCAAACAGAAACAACACAUUCCCUCAAAAACCAAAACUCGUGUACCACUCUUUCAAAAGAUUGUUGAGGAACAAAUUCAACCAGCGUAUCCUUCUCCCAUUCUCGAUGAGAAACGAGAUCACAACUUUGAGGAAUUGGUCAAACAUUCUCUGGAUGAGAUCUUGAAAUUGAAACAUACAGAUAAUCCCCACAGUUCCUACAUUGGUAACGCUGAAAGAAUUCUGAAUACGGAAGAAGAUAUUGUCAAGUAUAGAGCGAAAGCAGAACUUCCACUUCAUCCUUCUUCACCUAAACAAGUCAUUUCCAAAGUUUCAGAAUACUUUCAUGGUGUGAUGGAUCUAGCUUCACCAAUCAUGUUGGAAAAUGUCAAUCCUCCUUCCAAUAUUCCAGCAUUGAUCAGUUCAUUCUUUGGUUCAUUGUAUAAUGUGGCUAUCGUGCAAGAUGAAUAUGCUUGGAAUGUCGCAUUGACUGAGAUUGAAUCGUUGGGAAUGUUGACAAAAUUGGUGGGUUGGGAUCCACAAACAGCGAAUGGAGUAUUUACCUUUGGUGGAACAGGAAAUGAAAUGUACGCUCUUAAAGUUGCAUUGACAAGAUGCCUCGGAACGCAAUAUCGUUUCAAAGGUAUUCGAGACAGUGACAAGGUCAAAGUGUUUGUUUCAGAGAUUGGCCACUAUUGUAAAUUCAACACGACCGAUUGGAUGGGCAUUGGAAUGGACAAUGUCAUUGGAGUUCAAAUCAAUGAUGACAAUUCCAUGAAUAAGGACGAUCUCUACAAGAAACUUUGUGAUUCUGCUCGUAAUGGGGAAAAGAUUGCUUGCAUUAUUGCCACAUGUGGAUCAACAGACCCAUUUGGUGUCGAUGAUGUUCAAAGCAUUGUUCAAAUUCGUGACAAGAUUGUUCAGGAAUAUCAACUCGAUUACAAACCCUUCGUUUAUUGCGACUCUGUGAUUGGAUGGCCAUGGCUCUUUUUCCGUUAUUACGAUUUUGAGAAGAAUCCUCUCCAAAUUGACACUCAAUAUGUUCUUCCUGCUAUCAAGAGCGUGUUUGAACGAAUUCAAUUCCUGAAAUUAGCCGAUGGAAUUGGAAUUGAUUUCCACAAGACUGGAUUCUCUCACUACGUUUGUUCGUGUGUCCUCUUCCAGAAUGGCAAAGAAUUUGAGGAUAAUCUCUCUCGUCCCAAAGAUGUCAUGCAUUACUUGUACAAUUUCUCCGUUUACAAACCUGGAUGCUACACACUGGAAUGUUCGAGACCUGCCAUGUCUUUAUCUGCAUACAGCACCUUGUUAUUGUUUGGAAUUGAGGGUUAUCAGUCCAUGAUUGCUCAUUUAGUGAAAGUACAACACGCGUUGCGGACGGCUCUCUCUGAAUUUGAGAAUAUUUGUAUUGUGAAUGACUUGGACAAUGGAUUUGUAACACUCUUUAGAGUCUAUCCAGAAGGAAUCAAUGCCCAAGAACAAUAUGCUAAAGAAUUUGAAGAGAGCGAUCCCAAUGUGGUCAACAGAAGCAAUGAAUAUCAAAAACAUAUUGCAAAUGUUCUUCAUUUGAAACGAAUCGAACAAGAUGGACCAGCUCUCUCCUACACUCGAUGUUUUCGUAAAAACAAACAUGGACAUUUAUUGUCAGCCAUUAAGGCCUUUCCAAUGAGUCCAUUUUGUACCGAAGAAAUUAUUCGAGAUUAUGUCGUGAAGCAUAUUGUGAAUGUUUUCAAAGAAGUAGGAAAAGAAUUUGAAGAUCAUGUUCAGAAAGUAGAAGGAGAGGGACAUCCUCUUUGGAAAUAUCCAAGACAUCGACAUUUUGACAAACAUACCAUGCAUAGUCAGUGA